ACAAAAAAGAGAGACUACCUCCACCCCUCACUAAGCUCCCUCCACCGCCUCACUGCCUCCACCGCCUCACUGCCUCCACCUCCUCACUCACUGUGUUUCUCCACCACCUCACUGUGCAUCUCCACUUUGCCUAUCUCGCCUUUCUCUCCACUGUGCUUCAGAAUGAACACACACAGAGGCGAAGAAACUCCUACAAAUCGAAGCAACUCCGACGACUAUGUAUUGAUCUGGGUUGUUUCAGAUCUGAGUUACUCGAUCUAG